AUAACGUGCAGCUUGCCCCCGCUGUGCUCCGAGGAGCCCCAGACGUUCAACACCUGGAAGCAGUACGAGUCGCACUAUAUAUCGAGCCACACAAACACGUGCACCGAAUGCAAGAGAAACUUCCCCUCCUCGAAACUCCUUGACUUGCACAUCACUGAGAACCACGAUCCCUUCACCAGAAUAAAGCUGCAGAAGGGCGAACCGGUUUUUGGGUGCUUUGUGGAGGGAUGCGACCGUGUUUUCAAGGACCACAAAAAGAGACGUCUCCACAUGAUCGACAAGCACGACUACCCAAAAGAGUUCAUCUUCAGCAUAGUUGACCGAGGCAUA